AUGGAAAAUACCCCAGAGAAGCUGAAGCAGCGACAUGAGAACGUGUUGGAUUUGCUAAAAUGCACAGACCAUAGCAUUGACUUUUUCAAGGGCGACGAAGGGAAGGAAGGAGAACAUGAGCGGGGGGAGCCGUAUCAAAAUAUGCAAACAAACUGGCCAUGGAAGGACCCUGUUGAAGAUUGCGCUGCUUUGCGAUUCAGCAGGGGAAUCGCAAGCAUGACAGAAAAUCUAAAUGCCCUAUUGAACAUCACGGCGCGUCAAAAGUGUGUUUUGGGAUUCUCUCUGGAUUCUUCGACACAAGAGACAACAAUUCCCAUGGAAGAAACUCCAGAGGGAUUGAUGACAAGUUUGGUGAAGAGCCGACCUACGUUUAUGUGCUCCUCAGGCGCAACGAGUACGUCGGCUGAAGGCCCAAGCCCAGUGCAGCUGAAUGACGCCGCAGCGUGGAAACAUAUGGGGGAGAUGGAGCUCGCGUUCCGUAGGAGUCUUCGGAAGGAAACAGAAUUGAAACGAAAGCUGAUAGAAACUGAGGUUCGUGAUGGCUUAUCCUACCAGAAGGUUGUUUCAGAGCGAGAAGAACUCCGUCGUCUGCUGUCUGAAACAGAGGACGAGAUUGAAGAUUUGAAGUAUGCGCAUGAGCAGAAGGUUCGCCUUCUUAAAGAGGAGCUUGAUACACAUCAGGAUAUGACGAUACGACUACAGGAAGCGGAGAAUGCCCGGCACCUGGAAUCUGCUUUUGCAAGUGAGCGAAUUUCUCAGUAUGAACGGGAAAUAAUGCUACUGCGCAGGUUGCUAGCUGAUUCAACAGAUAAGGAGUGUUUCCGACAAAGGGAAAAAGAAAGUGCUGAAGAAAGUGGUGGGACACAGAUUAAGUCCCUCGAGGAGGCGCUGACGGCAGCGACAAGAAUGAACACUGUUCUGUUAGGAAAUGCGGAGAAACGUGACAUGGCGCACAAGAAUGCCCUCAAAGAGAUUGACAACCUUGGAAGAAGGAUUGUGGGGCUACAGGACGAAGUCUCAUGCCAAAAAGAGGCUUACGAGGAAAAAAUUGAGGCGAUGGAAGCAGAACUCGUUUCCUUGAGGCCGUUCGUUGAACGUGCUAAUGUGGCCGAGAAAAAACUGCUUGAGUACGCCCAGCGUAAACAUAUGACGGUGAAUAAUGAAGAAGAGGUGAAAAGGCUUCGAGUGGCGCUGAGGGAUGCUAAUAACCUUGCACUUACCCUCAAACGAGAAUAUGCAACGCUUGCAACCAGUGUGCAGUCGAUCCGAAGAAUUGGACAAGAUGCGUACACUCAGUGUGACGCAAUACCACGUUGUGAUGCCAGCGUGAACACUUCUGGCGGUGCUGAUUGUUUGGAGCACACCUCAUGUAUAAUUGGAUUGACACGCGAGGUUGAGCGGCUGACGAGUGAAUGCGUGGCCCUACGUGAGAGGUUAGAAGCCCUAAAACAGGCGCAUAGUAUCGAAACGGAUUUCUUGUCCGCAGGACUCUUGCAGGCCGAAUCCAAUCGUUUAGCGUACCUGCCGCAGGGGAGCGCAUGUGCGCCGAGACAUGAACCUCGGGCAAUGAGUGAUGUAGCCACACAAACAGUGUUGGUCGACGAAAGUGUUAUUGUUUUUCCGGGACAGAAGAUUGCAGAAACAGAAAAGGGAUGCAUGGAUGGGUUGCAGCCCCCCAUUGUGGUAGUUCUUUCCCCCAGAGUGAAGGACACACAUGAAGACACAGAAUCUUCGUCUUUGCACGAAAUUAGUUUAGCAGAGCUCAAUGAAAAAUCAUUUCGUAGCGCGACCGAAGAGCCGGUUACAGCCUCAGUUUUGUGGGCAUCGUUAUCGUAG